GUCAUGAACGGUGGAAGAAGAACACUGCUAAGUUAGCUAGCAAACUCACAUCUGCCUGUUUAUCCAGAAGUGAGAAUCAACAUGCUUCUACAGACAGCCAGACCGUGGUUAGUCCGAUGCAGGAGUCUUCCUUUGGUGGCCACAAGAUCUUAUCAUGCCGAUAAAGUCGCUCGGCUCGGCUCUCAACCGGAUAAACAAUCUUCUGAUUAUCAGGAGAAUUAUGAGCGAAUGAAAGUCCUUGUUGAUGAGCUUAAAAGCCGCACAGAGAAGAUUAGAUUGGGUGGGGGAGAAAAAGCAAGAAGACUUCAUACUUCUCGAGGGAAACUCCUUCCGAGAGAGCGCAUAGACAGACUGCUGGAUCCAGGGACCCCUUUCCUGGAAUUCUCUCAGUUUGCAGCGUAUAACCUGUAUGGAAAAGAAGAAGUCCCAGCUGGCGGUAUACUUACAGGGAUUGGUCGAGUUUCAGGGGUGGAAUGUGUGAUUGUUGCGAACGAUGCGACUGUCAAAGGAGGAACUUAUUACCCAGUAACAGUGAAGAAACACCUUCGUGCACAAGAAAUAGCUCAGCAGAACCACCUACCAUGCAUUUAUUUAGUGGAUUCUGGAGGAGCUAAUCUACCCAGACAAGCUGACGUCUUUCCAGACAGAGAACACUUUGGACGCAUUUUCUACAACCAGGCCCGGCUCUCCUCAGAGGGGAUUUCACAGAUUGCUGUUGUGAUGGGUUCCUGCACUGCUGGAGGAGCAUACGUCCCUGCCAUGGCAGAUGAGAGUAUAAUUGUGCGGAAACAAGGGACGAUUUUCCUCGGAGGGCCUCCAUUGGUCAAAGCUGCCACUGGGGAAGAGGUUUCUGCAGAGGACCUUGGUGGUGCAGAUCUUCACUGCAAAAAAUCAGGUGUGACAGAUCAUUAUGCUUUAGAUGAUAACCACGCUCUCCAUUUAGCAAGAAAAGCUGUGAGGAGCCUGAAUUACAAGAAGAACAUUGAGGUAACCACAGAGCCGACUGAAGCACCACUUUACCCAGCAGAUGAACUCUAUGGCAUCGUUGGAGACAAUUUAAAACGCAACUUUGAUAUCAGAGAGGUCAUCGCCAGAAUUGUAGAUGGCAGUAAAUUUGAUGAGUUCAAGGCUUUCUACGGAGACACACUUGUCACAGGAUUUUCCAGAAUAUUUGGUUACCCCGUUGGAAUCAUCGGCAACAAUGGCGUCUUGUUUUCAGAGUCUGCCAAAAAGGGGACACAUUUCAUCGAGUUGUGCUGCCAGCGAAACAUUCCACUUAUUUUUCUUCAAAACAUUACAGGCUUCAUGGUGGGCAGAGAGUAUGAAGCAGGAGGAAUUGCCAAGGAUGGAGCCAAGAUGGUGACUGCGGUUGCCUGUGCCAACGUGCCCAAGAUCACAGUCAUAAUCGGCGGCUCUUAUGGUGCAGGAAACUACGGCAUGUGUGGCAGAGCCUACAGCCCUCGGUUCCUGUACAUGUGGCCAAAUUCCCGCAUAUCUGUGAUGGGUGGGGAGCAGGCAGCCACCGUCCUGGCCACCAUCACCAAGGAUCAGAGGGCACGAGAGGGAAAGGAGUUUACGGCUGAACAAGAAGCUGCCAUGAAGGAGCCCAUCGUGCGUCGGUUUGAGGAAGAAGGCAGUCCAUAUUAUUCUAGUGCCAGACUGUGGGAUGACGGGAUUAUCAACCCUGCUGAUACUCGACUGGUUUUGGGACUGAGCCUCAGCGCAGCGCUGAAUGCACCAAUGAAGAAGACACGGUUUGGAGUGUUCAGGAUGUAACGCUGAUUUAACUGGUACAGGUGUUAGUCUCAGAACUGGACAUGUACUGUACUUUGACUAGUUUUUGUAGUUUUGCUGAACAGAAUGAGAACAAAAAAUAAUCACUACAGUAGGAUUACACAAGGAUGGAUCCUCAUGAUUGGAUCAUGUGCUGUUGUUGUGGGACAUUUCUUAAUAUUCUAAGCUGUGCCUUAACUGUGUAAAUGCAACAGUGUAAAUGCAAACUGUACUCAACUGUUUUCUUCCCUAUGUCGAUGGAUUUUUAAAAAAAAUCUACUUAUGUAAAUAAUGAACUAUAAAAAUGUGAAAACAUG